AACACCAAAACUCACUCUCUCUCUCUCUCUCUCUCUUCUUCUAAUGCUAAGGCUGAGCUGACCUUUCAUUGACUCAAGACUUUCCAUGGAGGAACUGAAGACUAGUACUUGGUCAGAUGGGUCCGAAGAUGACCUUGUCAGAGAGCUUUUGGAUGAUGAAUCACCAUUCUUGGUUGCACCACAUGAGAUGAUGAUCAUGAGCCAAUACAAUUCUAGUCCUUCUAAUGAAUCAGCCAUCAACCAGCUUGUCUCUGUCGAGCAGACGAUCGAUGAUAUCGAUAGUGGUUUACCGGUGACAAACUGUAAACACAAUCUUCUUCCAGACAUGUCACAAGCCAGGAUUUCAAUACUAGAGAAGGGUUGGAGUAAGGUUGAGAAUAAGUAUACUCUGAAAAUCAGGAGUUGUGGUGGCAGUGGUAUGUCUGAUGAUGGUUAUAAAUGGAGGAAGUAUGGUCAGAAAUUUAUCAAGAAUAGCCCAUUUCCUAGGAGCUACUACAGAUGCACAAACCCUGGAUGCAGUGCCAAGAAGCAAGUCGAGCAAUCGAUUGAGGACCCGGACACCCUCAUCAUCACCUAUGAAGGGCUUCACCUCCACUACGCAUUCCCAUAUUUCCUACUCAACCAAUCCCAGCAUGUCGAUCCACCGUUCAAGAAGCUCAAAAGUACAAUCUCAAAAGGAGAGGCCCAAGCCCAAGCCCAUGAAAUGGUCCUGACAAUGAAAGGAGACAAGGAAGCCGAGACAAACUUAUCUUCUGCAAGCCCAAGUCAUGGCCCAUUUGUGGUGGAUUGUAUGCAAGCAUGGUCCAUAGAAGAAGGAAUGGGCCCACAAGGGUUACUUGAAGAUAUGGUGCCUUCAAUGAUUAGGAAUCCAUCAAACAACCAAUACUUCUCCUCCAAUUCCUCAUCCUCCUCUUCUUAUCCUUCUCCACCUACGUCACCUUCUUCUCUCUCUUGGUCCCCUAACUAUUACUCUCCAUGUUUUAAUGUUGGUUUAUAAGAAGACAAGGCCUAGGCCAAUGAUACAAGUAAAGCUUUUCUCAACAUAUAUAACUCAUGGUCUUUCUAAAUAAAUCUAAUAUUCCUAUUUUGUAAGUAGGAAGAAGCAAUAGAGUGAUACAAGCAAAGCUUUUCCCAACCUAUAUCUCUCAAGCUUCAUUCACCCCUUCCAAAUGAUGUAAUGAUGUUAUUGCUCUUCUCAAAAAAAGAAAAAAAGAAAAAAGAGGAGGGUAGAGUUCAUUAGAUCUAGACAUCAGAUGAACAAAUCUAGUGCAAAUUCCAAGUCGUAUGACCAAAUAAAACUUGAAGUGGUUCUCUCUUAUAAGAAUCAUAUGAUAUGAUGUAACAAUUAUAUAUAAUAUAUGUUGUCCUUAUAUGUAUAAUUUGACAUUAUUCUUUCCUUUUCGAAGUAAAAUGAAUAAUUGUUCGUCCAAGUUCAUUUAUUCAAAAUUUGUUAUUCCUUUCCCUUUUCGAUG